GUCGAAAGUUUAUUGACAGUAGUGUAAUACAGAAAAUAAUAAAACAAAGGUAGUUUAAACUUUCAGGACAGUAAAUGUUUUCCACAGUGUACGAUUACAAAGCAUUACGUAAACGCGAAGAAAGCAGUGAUAAGAGACAAAAACACGCGUCUUGUUAGGUUGAUGAUUUCGUAAAAUUGAAGUGUAUCGAUUAAACAGUACAUCUUUUGUGAUUUCAAAUACGACUUCUCGUUGACAAUAAUGACUUCAGAAUUAAUUUUAAGCUUACGUUUAGAUCCUGAAACAUUUACCACCAUCAAGCUAAACGAUGUCAAUUUUAAAAAUAAGGUUAAGGAUCUGAAAUGUGAGAUAGCUGAAAAGGUUAACCUAUCGAAGGAAUCGUUUGAAUUGAUUUAUUGUGGGUGUAUCCUUGAAGAUGAUGAAACUUUAGAAUCAUGUGGUUUAAAAGGUGGUGUAAUGAUAUAUGUUUUAAAGAAAAGGGAAAGAGAGAUAUCGUCGCUAUCUAAAUAUAUAUCAGAAGAUAGCAUUUUGCAACUUGUAUCUGCAUUUAAGUCUAUUACAGAUAAUCCUGUGCUUCACACUACUUUGCAACGUUUCGGCAAGAGGCCAGAAAUUAUAAGCAACAUCAUUUCAUCUUUUCCUGGAUUACAUGAAGAUAUGACAGCAAUUGCUAUUUUACAAAAUUGUGAUCUAAUGGCACAUUUUACAGAUGUAGAUACUGUCAGAAGGUUUGCAGAGGCACAUCCAGUCCUGGUAGAAGCUGCUCAUAAUAUAGCUGUUGCUGUUCACGAAGAGGCACACAAUGCAAAUGUCAGCACCAACAAUUCAGUAUCCAAUUCACAACCUGCUACUUCUUCCCUUAGUUUAGAUAACUUGAGCGAUGAUGAAGAAAUGGCUGGGGAUUCUUCUCAGUCUUCUGACUCUAUACCCUUGCCACCAAGUAUACCAACCGAUACAAUGCGCGAUAGAGUCAUUGCUAUAUUCGAAGAAACGAUUGCCCGCUUACAAGCUAGAAUUUCCGAUCCUUCUUCUUCUUCUACCUCGGGUGAGAGUACGAAUUCUGGAGUAGUAACUACAGAAAUGUUCAGGCAAGCUAUGCAAGAAGCUUCGGCGGCAACGCCAGGUUUAAUCAGUGAUUCUGUGCCACCAAUUUUACCGCACGUUUUACCAGAAAUUAUGGACUUGCGAAGACAGUUAGCGCAAAUGCACGAAAUGGGACUGCAAGAUGAUACAUUGAAUAUUCAGGCGUUGCAGUUUACGAACGGCGAUGUCCAGGCAGCAAUCGAGCAUGUGUUCAGUGGUUUCAGUAAUAAUUAAGUAUAUUGUUAAAUUAGCAUUUAAACAGAAAAAAAUUGAUAAUUGUAUAAUUAAAUGCCUUAUUUCUGAAGUAAUUGGAGCCAGCUAGAUAAGGUUAAAUAUGAGAAAGAUUUAUUUAACAUGUUAACAAAAUCUCUAAUCCUGUUUGCUUUUCUCUAGUUCUAUAAGUAUCUAGCGAAAAUUCUUAGUAAACCAAAUUCUUUAAGUAUUAAUACAUAUUCCGAUUUAUGUACAAAAUUUAAAAAACGAUUCGAGGUUGCUUAUAUACUUUUGAUAUUUUAAAAAAUAAUACUUUAAGCGAUUUCAUUGAUGUAUAUGAGGAUGACACACAGUAAGAACAAUAAAAUUACAUAAUUAACAAACUGUA